AUGCGCGACCGUCGGUCUCAUUCUCGUUCCCACUGCCCCCUCCCACCCCCUCCCACCCCCACACGAGCCCACACGAGCCCACACGGCGAUCGGCGAGCUGCGAGACUGCUGCGAGCUGCAGAGAAAGGUCUCGGCUCGCACCUUCCCUCCACACUCCACGCUCAGCGCUCAGCGCUCAACCUCGAACCACCCACCCACCAUCCAAGCUGGCUUCCGCGGUCCUCACCGCUUCGUCGGUGCUCUCAGCGCUGCUACCCUCCUUCCUGCACCCCACUCGACUCGGAGGUAGAAAGUCACUCGUCCUCGGGCUCACUCUGGGGUUCUCCCUCUCGCUGUCGUUGACGGGUUUGGCCAUCUAUGCUCAGGAUGCUUGGAAGAGGUCGAUGGUCAGGAGAGGGGAGGCGCACGGGAAGGCAAGCAGGGCGAACGGGGUACGAGGGGGAGGUGAGGAGCAAGGAGAUCACGAGGACGAGGACGAGGACGAAGGGAUGAGUAAGAAUCUGGUAGAGAUCAGAGGCGAGGACGUCGUACAUGGAGUGGAAGGGCUUAUUGGUGAGUACCUAUCCAGGUCCUUAGGUGCUUCUGAUCUAUGCGAUCACUGAUCGAGCUCCUCGCUUGCAGGCAACACCCCUUUGGUCCGGAUCAACUCGCUCAGCGAUGCGCUCGGCGUCGAGAUACUCGUUCAGUCCUCUCCAUCCAAGCCUACUCUCCCUAGAAUUCCAUUCUUACCCCACUUCUCGUCAUAGGGCAAAUGCGAAUUCCUCAACCCUUUUGGAUCCGUCAAAGACAGAGUCUCUUUACGCAGUCAGUCUUUUCCACCGACUUGGAGAAUCCCCCUCGGUGAAAGAUACGCGACUCACCAACGAUUUGAUGAUGCUACAACCAGUCAUCCAACAGGCUGAAAACCAGGGGCUCAUCGUACCCAAUACCGGAUCAUGCAUCUUUGAAGGAACAUCAGGAAGCACCGGCAUUUCGAUUGCUGGCAUUGCGAGGGCGAGAGGAUAUCGAGCUCGUUGGUCCCUUCCCAAACGCUCCGAUUCAUGACCCACCCAUAUGGCUGAUGCUCUUGUUGUCUCUCCGCACUUUUCUACCGGCCCCACACUCAGAUAUUGUCCUUCCUGAUGAUGUCGCCGCCGAGAAAGUGCAGUUGUUGGAAGCGCUGGGCGCCGAGGUGGAAAAAGGUGCGUGCAAAACUUGGUAGCCUUCCCCACUCGGGAGCUCUUAGACUGAUUUGGUCCUUCGUCGCAUCGUCGACCCAGUUCGCCCCGUCUCGAUCGUCGAUAAACGACACUACGUGAACCUCGCUCGAUUGAGGGCCCAGCAGUUCGGUCAACGGGUCUUGCACGCUUCUACUUCGUCGUCCAAAGCGAAUUCCAUCGUCCCUUCCAACAACAACAGUAGCGAAGAUCUUUCCCUACCCAGCGCUACAACCUCUUUCCGACCACUUCCCUCCGAGCCCUCGCUAUUGAUCACUUCCCAACCCAACCCAACGGCGUACAACUCCUCCUCUGUACCAUCGAAAACCUACAUCCCCCCAGCACGUGGUCUCUUCGCCGACCAAUUCGAGAACCUGUCGAACCUCCAAGCGCAUUCCCAAGGGACAGCAGCGGAGAUCUGGAAGCAGACGAAAGGGGAAGUUGAUGCUUUCGUUUCGGGUGCUGGGACGGGGGGCACUAUUGCGGGUGUGGGGAGGACGCUGAAAGGGCAUAAGAAGGGGGUUAAGAUAGUGCUCGCCGAUCCGCAGGGCAGUGGGUUGUUCCAUAAGGUUCGUUCGGGCCCUGGCUCUAUGGCUUUACUGUUGCUCAUUCUAUUGGCUUGUGGUGGGCAUAGGUCCACGACGGCGUCAUGUACUCCACUACGGAAGCGGAAGGUACGCGAAGGAGGUACCAAGUCGAUACCGUCGUCGAAGGGAUCGGGUUGAAUCGCCUUACGAAAAACUUUGAAAAGGCGUUGCCUUUUAUUGAUGAUGCUUUCAGGUCGGUCGAUUCAGGACCGAGACAACGCGAGAGAGUGAUGACUGACUGGUUCGCCCGAGACUGAUUGGUGGGUGUGGGAUGCGAUUGAUUGGACAGAGUAACGGACGAAGAAGCCAUCACCAUGUCCCGACACUUGGCCAAACAGGAUGGUCUGUUCCUUGGAUCUUCAUCGGCCGUCAAUCUGGUCGCUUGUGUGCGGUUGGCGCAGAAGUGGAAGAAAGAGGGUGAGCAUACGAAGGGAAAGAGGAGAGGGGUGAUUGAGGAAGGGGGUAAGAAGAUGAUUGUGACAAUCUUGUGGUGAGUUGAAGAUAAUAGUGCUCCGGGCUUGCAUGACCAACGAUGGCUGACGAGCACACGAGCUUGUAGUGAUUCGGGAACGCGACACUACUCGAGGUUCUGGAACGACAAAGUCCUGCAGGGCCUGGGGUAUCGUACGGAUCUUUCGAUCGAUGCCAUACUCAAAUUGAGCACGGCCGCGUGA